UGUUUCUUAAUGUUAGUUAUUCUAGCAAUGUCUGUCGAUGUCAAGCACAUUUUCAGCCAUGGGCACUUACUUCUCUCCCAUGUCCAAAGCUGUCUCUCUGCACAGACCACUUGUGCACUCCUUUGUGUUGGGCUAUGGGGCCAACUAGGAUUGGUGAAGGAUUGUGACAUACAGUCAAUUGCAAGCUUACCUGAUAUCAAAGCCAAGGAGGAGUUGCAG